AUGGGCUACAAAUUAGAUUUUGCAGUACACCUUGUUCGUUACAUUUCCCAGCUGAUGAGUCCCAGGUGUUUCUUGGAAGAUGGAGCCUCAAAAGGUGCCUGGCUGAAUCGGUCGAGUAUUAUUUUUGCGGGAGGUGACAAGUGGUCAGUAGAUCCCCGCGUUUCAAUCGCCACAGCGAACAGAAGAGAGUACAGCCUGCAGAUCCAGGACGUGGACGUGACGGAUGACGGUCCGUACACUUGUUCAGUGCAGACUCAGCACACUCCCAGAACGAUGCAGGUGCACCUAACUGUACACGUUUCUCCGAAGAUAUUUCGUAUCUCGAGUGACCUCGUUGUGAACGAAGGAAGCAACGUCACGCUGGUGUGCCUGGCCACGGGGAAGCCAGAGCCUUCCAUUUCCUGGAGACACAUCUCUCCGUCCGCAAAACCCUUUGAGAGCGGGCAGUACCUGGACAUCUAUGGAAUUACAAGAGACCAGGCUGGGGAGUACGAGUGCAGCGCAGAAAAUGACGUCUCAGUCCCAGAUGUGAGGAAAGUAAAAGUCACAGUAAACU